AUGAAUCAACCGGUGAGUCUCCGAAACGAGUCGACUCACCAUCGUCUGUACGAUUUCGCCAAGUCUGCUCUGAUAAAGAUUUUUGUUCAUCCCUACGCCAAGGUUUGCGAUUUGUAUUGCGGAGAAGGAGUAGACACUGAGAAGUGGGACGAAGCUCAAAUUGGUCACUACAUUGGAAUUGAUAUUUCCUCGUCUGGAAUUAGCCAAAGAAAAGAAGAAUGGGAGAGCCAUAGAAAAGUUUACACUGCUGAGUUCAUUGAGCUUGAUCCUUGCACUGAAUAUGUAGAACCACACUUGCAGGAGCAGAGCAAUUCUGCUGAUUACGUUUGCUGCUUGCAACAGUUGCAGCAUUGUUUUCAAACUGAGGAUAGAGCAAGAAGACUUCUCCAUAAUGUGUCGUCUUUGUUGAAACCAGGGGGUUAUUUUUUUGGUAUUACUCCUGACUCAUCUACAAUAUGGGCGAAGUACCAAAAGAAUGUGGAAGCAUACCAUAAUAAGAUGGCCAGCAUGAAGCCCAACAUUGUUCCCAAUUGCAUUCGAUCGGAAAGUUAUAUGAUCACCUUUGAAAUCGAGGAGGAAAAGUUCCCAUUAUUUGGAAAGAAAUAUCAGCUAAAAUUCACCAAUGAUGCCGCUGCUGAAACCCAUUGCCUGGUUCAUUUCCCAAGCUUCAUCAGGUUGGCCAGAGAAGCUGGUCUUGAGUACGUAGAAAUUCAAAACCUAACUGAAUUUUACGAAGACAACAGAGCGCAAUUUACAGGCAUGAUUAUGAAUUUUGGUCCCAACCUGGUUGAUCCGAGAGGGAGACUUCUUCCUCGAUCAUUUGACUUGUUAGGUCUGUAUACCACAUUCAUAUUUCAAAAGCCUGAUCCAGAUGUUGCUCCACCUCUUAUGACGCCAUUACUGGAAGAUGCAAGUUAUAAGAAUGAUGAGAGAGAAUGGCAUGCUACCGGUUGGAACGAUGAUGAAAUGGCUGUGCAUGUGGAGCCACCAACGGUACCACCCUCUCUACCAACACUGCCCACAAUGCCAGUGCCGCCAGUUCCAUCUGUACCACCGGCGGCACCUGCUGGACUUGGUAACAUAAGUGAGCAAAAGGGAAUUUUAGGGCCUGGCCCUGCCGAGUUACGUUUUUCUGAGGCACUCUGAGAUGAUGCAAGCAAGAAUUUUAGUGUUCUCUCCUUCUCUUCUGUUAACUUUUUGUAGGCUCUUGUUUUUCUAGUUGAAGAACUUUUUUUUAUCACAAGUUCGAAUAUGGGUUUCACGGUUUAUCCCCAUUUCCCAACCCCCUUACUACUAAACCAACCUAGUAGCUUUUGUAGUUGAACUAUUAAUAUACCAAAAUGUAAACUAUCAAUUAUGUAAUAUCUUCUUUUCUUUUUUU